UGCAUGAAAACGUGUUGUGAAAACAAACCACGAAAUGGAGGUGGACGAAGUGAAACUCGAGGAGACGCCGCCGGCAAAUCCCAAUCCCAACAUUAUAACUGAACGUAAUGCGAACAUUAUAUCGGGUGGAAAUGUCUUCUACAAUCCGGUGCAAGAGUUCAAUCGAGAUCUGAGCAUUGCAGUGCUAAAUGUGCAUUUCCAACGUCUGGCUAAAGAGCGUGCUGAAAAGUUGUUGAAGCAGCAGCAGCGCAGCAAGCUGAAGCAACAGGAGAAUGGCGAGCAGCUGACGCCAACACCAACAGAGGCAACGUCACCAGCCAACAACAAUUAUGUUGCUGGCACCAAAUAUGACGAUGGCAUGCGUAUUUUGGAGGCAUUGGCGGCAACGGGAUUGCGUAGCAUACGAUAUGCUCAGGAGAUCGCUGGCGUCAGGCAGAUCAUUGCCAACGAUUUGUCGCGCCAAGCUGUGGAGUCCAUCAACACCAAUGUGCGCCACAACGGAGUGGAGCAUUUAAUCGAGUCAAGUCAUGCGGAUGCCAUGACGCUUAUGUACACUUCAACUGCACCGGAGAAGCGCUUCGAUGCCGUCGAUCUGGAUCCUUAUGGCUGUCCGAAUCGCUUCCUUGACGGCGCCAUGCAAUGCAUAGCCGAUGGCGGAUUGCUGCUAGUUACAGCCACCGACAUGGCGGUGCUGGCUGGCAAUGCACCCGAAGCUUGUUAUGUGAAGUACGGAUCGGUUCCGUUGCGGAUGAAGUGUUGUCACGAGAUGGCAUUGCGGAUACUGCUGCACUGCAUCGAAUCGCAUGCGAAUCGUCAUGGCAAAUACAUUGAACCGCUGCUCAGCAUCUCGGCGGACUUUUAUGUGCGCAUCUUUGUGCGCGUAUACGCUGGCCAGGCUCAGUGCAAGUACAGCAUGAGUAAACAGUCGUGGAUAUAUCAGUGCACCGGCUGUGAAACCUUCACACUUCAGCCACUGGGCACAGUGCGAGCCAAAUCUGCCGAGCAGCCGCAUCUGGUCAAGUUUGGCAUACCAACAGGACCAGCGGUGAACACACUGUGCGAGCACUGCAAUCAUCGCCAUCAUCUGGGCGGUCCUAUUUGGUCAGCGCCCAUUCACAACAUGCAGUUUGUUGAGCAACUGCUGGAGGCGGUGCAGACAACGCCACUGAAGGAGCUGGGCACACAACGUCGUAUUGUUGGUGUGUUGUCGGUGGUCCAAGAGGAGCUGCCAGACAUUCCCUUGUACUACACGCCCGACAAACUGUGCUGUGUGCUCAAGCUGGAGAUCGUGCCCAUGCUCAAGAUGCGCUCAGCUCUGCUGCACGCUGGCUAUCGUGUCUCCUAUUCUCAUGCCAGCAAAAACUCACUGAAGACAGAUGCACCUCCGGCGGUGCUCUGGGAUCUGCUGCGGUGUUGGAGCAAACGGCAUCCGGUGCGCGAGGAUCGCAAGAUACCAGGCACGCCAUUAGCUGCGAUCUUAGCGAAACCUUGUAGCCAGGAUUACGAGUUCGAUCAGCUACAUUCGGCUGCCAAUCCGAGUAGUCGCAAAAAUGCCUUAUCGCGCUUCCAGGAGAAUCCAGCGCCACACUGGGGACCAGGCACGAGGGCCACCAUUAUGAUUGGUGAGAACAAGCUGCCGAAGAGUUAUCGUAACCAGAACAAAAAACAACGACACAAAGCGGCCCAGCAGACGACAGCAGCUGCUGACGAGGAGGCGUCGCCUCCGCCAAAGGAUGAACUGCUGUCCAGCAAGAAAGCGAAGCUGUCGCCGACGACUGCGUGACCAGCUUCAUAUCGUCGCUCUGUCAAUUUGUAUUUGCAAUUUGUCCCAAAUAAUUACGUUACAAUUGAAAACAACAAAAUCAACUGUCUGGUGUGGUUUAUGAAUCUUGUUUGUGCUAAUAGCGGAAGAAGUUGCCAUCGGAUGUCUGGCGAGAGAAACCAUUGUUGACCAGCUGCGUGUGGACGCCACUGCAGAUCAGCUUCACACUGGACGGAUGAAUCUUCUCCUUGAUGCCACCUACAGGCAGAGUAAGAUAAGUCUCACAAUCGUUCAAUAUUAUAUAUUGGAUUUUUGUGUCGCUUACCUAUGCUCAAUGGAUGACCCAGUGCAUCCUCCAUUUUAACGCGCACCACACGCGUAUUGCGCAGCACCCGAAACAGAUUCAGUUUGCUCACAGCGCCCACUUCUCGCUGUCCGUGGGGUGCCGACCAGCUCAUCAUGGCCGGACACGUGUCGCGCUGCAUCAGCACAUCGAUCUUGUCGGGAAACGUUUCCCGUCCAUGAUCGUAGCGUGCCUGUAACUGCAGAUCCAGUGAAUCCUUUGGUAUAUUCACAUUGCCCCUGAAUCGCUUGCUAUAGCGCACCGAGCUCAUCGUCUGAUGGUAGAACAAACGCUCGUGCGGCUUCAGAUGGCCAUGCCAGUUGUCCGAUGGAUUCGCUGGUGGCGGAGGCUGCGGCAUGCGGCAGAUGUAGGUGCCCUCCAUGCGCAGAUCUGGUUCGUAGGAGUCAUUCUUGGCUAUUUGAUUUCGAUACGUCAUCUCGAGAGAAUUUAUAUUGAACUUUUCAACAACAAAAAAUGAAUUCCUUGCUACUGUUUAUUUUUGUUUGUUUGCUGUAGUGUUGGAAACGUCGUGUAGUCAACAUAAAUAACAGUCUAAUAUCGAAUUCCCCCCUCCCUAGUCAGCUUUUAUGGUAGUAUGGAGGAGCUUUGCCUGUCAUGCCAAAGUUUUGAUUUCUUUACACGUGUUUAUUCCAUGACAUUUGUCGACGCUGCUUUUAAUGUUUGAAACGUUUUUUUGGGUCAAUAAUAAAAGGGCUGAUAUUCACCACUCAAAGGUUAAAGGGUAUCAGAAGAAAAUCCCAACCGGUAUAGAACAGACCUCAUCAAAUAUAUAUAUUCUUUAUCAGCAUCCAGAGUGCAGAAAAAGCUCAAAAAGUAAAAGUAGUAAAAGCAACGAUAAUCUCGUCUUGUGUCGCUAUUUUGAUAACCCGCAAUUGACGUAUGGCUCUGUUUUAGGUAUUUAAGAUCUGCCCCUUAAGCGGAAGAUUUGCAGUUCUUUGAAAUAAGUGAUUUUGUGCGAAUCAAAAUGAAAAUUAUAUUUUUGGGGCUGCUCAUCGCAAUCCUUGUUGUGUACGGCCAUGGAGAUGUUUCCAACGAACCAGCCGAUGGGUCGGAUAUGAAAUGGUUUUUACACACAUUGAAGGAGACUAUACAAUUUGGGAUGCACGAACAGUCUAAAGCUAUUAACGAGGAAAACGAAGUUAAUGAUACGAAAACUAAACAAAUAGAAAAAUAUCAGAAGGAGAAUGUCGACGGUGAUCAAAAAUUAUCGGUUAUAAAAGAUCAACUGUCUGAUCCCAAUUUAUCAACUGAGCUGAGGAGUGCUUUCCAAAGAUUUGUCGAUAUAGUAACUGAAGCAACCCGAAAUUCAAAGAAGUGGAACGAAAAGCGUAUAGAGGAAUUAAACGAAGAAAUCAGACGAUCGCGUGAGGGUUUUGAACAGUUGAAUAUAUUUUUUGCCCAAUUUGUGAAUUCAACACGUCGCUUGAUCGAUAGCUACCCGCAGUAUGCGUAAAAUUUGCCGGAUUUUUGUGUGCUCAGUUUAAUAAUUCUCCUCAAAGAAGAUUUCAUUGAUUAUUGUCUACUUCUAGGAGAGAAUUUUAAUAAAUAAAAUGAAUUCCUAGCAAAUUUGUUGUUGCUGUUUUUGUUUGGACACGUUGCGUCGUGUAGUCAACAUAAAUAACAGUCUAAUAUCGAAUUCCCCUCGCUCUAGUCAGUUUUUAAGGUAGUGUAGAGCAGCUUUGCCUCUCAUGCUAAAGUCCUAAAGGGCUUUUGAUUUCUUUACAUGUGUUAGUUUCAUGACAUUUGUCAAUGCUGUUUGAAAAGUUUUUCGGGUCAAUAAUAAAAGGGCUGAUAAUCACCACUCAAAGGUUAAAGGGUAUCAGAAGAAAGUGCCAACUAGUAUAGAACAGACCUCAUAAAAUAUAUAUAUUCUUUAUCAGCAUCCAGAGUGCAGAAAAUAGCUCAAAAAGUAAAAGUAGUAAAAGCAACGAUAAUCUUGUCUUGUGUCGCUAUUUUGAUAACCCGCAAAUGACGUAUGGCUCUUUUUUAGGUAUUUAAGUUCUGCCCCAUACGCGGAAGAUUUGCAGUUCUUUGAAAUAAGUGACUUUGUGCGAAUAAAAAUGAAAAUUAUAUUUUUGGGGCUGCUCAUCGCAGUCCUUGUUGUGUACGGUCAUGGAGAUGAUUCCAACGAACCAGCCAAUGGGUCGGAUAUGAAAUGGUUUAUACAAUCGAUGAAGGAGAUUAUACAAUUUGGGAUGUACGAACAGACUACAGCUAUUAACGAGGAAAACGAAGUUAAUGAGACGAAAGCUAAAAAAAUAGAAAAUUAUCGGAAGAAGAUUGUCGAAGGUGAUCAAAAAUUAUCGGUUAUAAGAAAUCAACUGACAGAUUCCAAUUUAUCAACUGAGGUGAGGAGUGCUUUCCAAAGAUUUUUCGAUAUAACAGCUGAAGCACUUCGAAAUGGAAAGCAGUGGAACGAAAAACGUAUAGAGACAUUAAACAAAGAAAUCAGACAAUCGCGUGAGGAACUUGAACAGAUGAAUAUAUUGUAUGCCCAAUAUAUGAAUUCAAUACGUCACUUGAUCGAUAGCUACCCGCAGUAUGCGUAAAAAUUGCCGAAUUUUUGUGUGCUCAGCUUAAUAACUCUCCUCAAAGAAGAUUUUUAUUGAUUAUUGUCUACUUCUAGGCGAGAAUUUAAAUAAAUAAAAUGAAUUCCUAGCAAAUUUGUUGUUGUUGUGUUUGUUUGUUUGCUGUAGUGUUAGAAACGUUCGUAAUAUCGAAUUCCCCCCUGCCCUAAUCAGCUUUUAAGGUAGUGAGAAGGAGAAGGAACCAAAGUCCCUAAGAGCUAUUUGAUUUCUGUUCAUGUGUGUAUUCCAUGACAUUUGUGGAUACUGUUUUUAUACCCGCUACCCAUAGGGUGGAAGGGUAUUAUAACUUUGUGCCGGCAGGAAAUGUAUGUAACAGCCAUAAGGAGGCAUCUCCGACCCUAGAAAGUGUAUGUCUGUCUGUCCGUAUGAACACCUAGAUCUCAGAGACUAUAAUAGAUAGAGCUAUUAUUUUAUCGACAGCUUUUUUAUGUUUGCUCGCAGUUCAAGUUUGUUUCAAAUUUUUUCCACUUCCGCCCAAUAUUUUUAUUGAAAAUGGGUAGCGGGUAUCUCACAGUCGAGCACACUCGACUGUAGCUUUCUUACUUGUUGUUGUAGGAAACGUGAGGUCAAUAACAAAAGUGCUGACACUCACCACUCAAAGGGUAAAGGGGUAUCAGAAGAUUGUGUCGAUAGGUCAGUAGCAUCACAACACAUGAUUGAAAAAUUCGGAAAUUCAAAUCAAAAGCCUUGUAGAUUACAUUGGUAGCAUUGCUGAUUUCUCGGCUUGCGUCGCUAUAUUGAUAAGCCUCAAAUUUCGUCAUAUGGUUCAUUUUUAGGGUAUUUAAGUUCUGGCAUUAAGCGGAAGAUCUUCAGUGCUUUGAAAUACGUGACUUUGUGCGAAUCAAAAUGAAAAUUAUAUUUUUUGGGCUGCUCAUCGCAGUCCUUGUUGUGUUCGGUCAUGGAGAUAAUUCCAAUGAGCCAACCCAUGUGCCGGCAAUAAGUACGUUUGGAGACUUGAAUGCUCAUUUGUUACAGAGUGCGAUAGACUCAAAGGCAGCAAGUGAUGCCGCUGCGAAAAAACUUGCUGACGCCCAAGUUGAGAGUGCUAAGGAAAUAGAAGAUAACCGGAAGCAGGAAGAAAAAUGGGCUGAAGACAUAUCGAGCUUGAGAGCUCGACUGUCUAAUCCCGAUUUAUCACCUGCGUAUAGAAGUAUUAUGCAAAGAAUUCUCGAUGUACUAAUUGAACGUGACCAGAAACUCAGGGAUAUCCACCGAAGACGUGAAGAAGAUCUAAAAAAAAUUGACGAUGACAUUAAAAAGUCGCGUGAGAAAGACGAAGAGAUGGAUAAAUUGUUUAAUCAACAUGUGCUAACCGUUAGAGAACGCAUAAAUAGCCCGAUUUUGUAAUAUUCUUAUUUGAGAGAAUUUAAAUAAAUAAAACAUUUCUUAGUGUUUUGAACGUUUUUUAAA